CUUCAAAACCAAAUGGGUAAAACUCGUGGAGCAGUGAGGAGGAGCAGUAAGGAGGCGCAGUAAGGAGGCGCAGUGUGGAGGCCUGUCAGACUGCAGAAUGAGUGGGACUUGACAGGAAACAAACCAGCAUAUGAUUCUGGACUCAAUGAAUCUAGUCAUCGGGAUCCGUGAUGAGGCGGCUCCUGCUGUGGCUUCUGUUUUUUGCCGGAUUCAAUCAGGCCUUCUCCCAGAGUUUCUCCAUAGUGCCUUCUAUACUAGAGCCCACUACACUCGAACCCUACAACCGCACUCAGUACUGUAAGUGGCCCUGCUCAUGCCCUGAAAUGCCCCCGAGCUGCCCACCAGGUGUCAGCCUGAUCACAGAUGGCUGUGACUGCUGCAAGGCCUGCGCCAAGCAGGUGGGUGAGGUGUGCAACGAGGCGGACAACUGUGACCACCACCGCGGCCUCUACUGUGACUACAGCUCAGACAAGCCUAGGUACGAAAAAGGAGUGUGUGCAUAUCUACUCGGCUCGGGCUGCGAACACAACGGUGUAAUCUAUCGCAAUGGGCAGAGUUUUCAGCCCAGCUGUAAAUACCAGUGUCUGUGUGUGAACGGGGCCAUUGGCUGUGUGCCUCUGUGUAAAGAGUCUCAGCCGCCCCGAGUAUGGUGCCAGACGCCUCGCCGGGUGAAGAUCCCUGGCCAGUGCUGUGAGCAGUGGAUCUGUGAGGAGUCCAGGAGGGGACGCAAGACAGCACCGCGACACGCCAUGGCAGCUCUCUCCAGUGGAAAAGAGAACUGGCAGCAGAACUGUGUGACCCAGACCUCUUCCUGGAGCCCCUGCUCCAAGACCUGUGGGCGAGGAGUGUCCUUACGCAUAACUAACGCUAACAAGCAUUGCCGGAUGGUCAAGGAAAGAAGACUCUGCAACAUUAGACCCUGUGACGUGGACAUCACCAAACACAUUAAGCCUGGAAAGAAGUGCCUGAACAUCUACAGGGAGGAGCACCCAACCAACUUCACCAUCUCAGGGUGCACUAGCAAGAAGCUCUACAGGCCCAAGUACUGUGGGGUUUGCACAGAUGAACGUUGCUGCAUCCCCUACAAGUCCAAAACAGUGCAGGUGGAGUUCCAGUGCGCUAAAGGAAGUGUGAUCACUUGGCAGGUCAUGUGGAUUAAUGCAUGCUUCUGCAACCUCAGCUGCAAGAACCCCAAUGACAUCUUCGCAGAUCUAGAGCAGUACUAUGAGAACCGUGAGAUUAUGAAUUGAGGACACAAAUUCAAAUCCUUCAUAAUUUCCUCUCAUAUGAGCCCUCAUAUGACUUUUUCCUAUUGGAAAGAAAUGUAGUACAGGGCAUAGUCAAACUUGGAAAUAUAUCAAAACCUGAAAAUAUGUCUAUAAUUAUUUUCUCCUUUCCUGAAAUAUAUAUCUUAACUGAUAUGGGCACAGCCUGGUUUUGGUUUUUCUUUUGACCAAAAGAAGGCCUGACAAAUUUGCACGUUUGUAUAGAUGUAAGUAUUAAAUUUGUAAAAAGAUAUGUUAAAUAUAUUAUCAAUUUUAUCACUUUCACUUAUGCUUUAACUUAUUCAUGAGUGUAUAAAGAUGUGUAACAUGACUUCGUUUGAAUUGGUUUUGAUCUACAAUGUACUGUAUUAAUGCUUUUAAUACCAAGAAUAUUGUCUUGUUAAACUGCAAUCAGAGAAGACUGACAUCUCAAGUCUGAGCAAAACCAGAGCUUGAACAGAAAUAGCUCACAUGCCUAAAAGUAAGUGGAAGGUGUUUUAACAUCUCUUAUUUGGUUUCCUCAAGAUAUUUUAUGUAUAAAAUAUAAGUGCUGUUGGCAGAUGCAAAUAAGUAAUCAAUCAAACCAAAAAAAGACAGGAGUUAAAUUUUUUUAUUUUCUUUUGUAAAUAAAUACAAACUGUUAUCCCAUUAAAAAUGUAUAGUGUGCGCUGCAGUGGGUUGUUGUGCAUCUUUACAAAGCUAGAUAUCCUACAAAGCCUGCAAGUCUUUGCUGUAGUGCAAGUAGUACAGGAGUAGCUGCGUUACCAUCUCUCCCCCUUUGCCCUUUCCAAAUCACCACAAAGAAGAAACAAGCAGUGGAUUCCAUGGCACAUUUUGUUCUGUGGUGCUUAAUUGCAUAGAAAUGAUCAUUAAGGUCCACACCAUUAAUGGUGCAUAAAUCAAUUAUCUGGAUAUUCAGCAUACAGGUACAAACCCUAUACUUGUGUAGCCUACAGUUUGUUUAUUUUUGUUUCAUUUUAAAGAAAGACAGGCAUCACCUCUCCUGGAAUGCUCUGAAUGUGCCGCUUACAAUCAUUUGAUCUUGAAAUCACUGAUAUUUAAAAAAAAAAAAAAAAAAAAAAAAAACCAAC